AUGGGUGGCGUUACUGUUCGCGAUGUCGAUGCUCAAAAGUUCGUCGAGGCAUACUCUGCUUUCUUGAAGAGACAGGGAAAGCUCCCAAUCCCAGGAUGGGUUGAUACCGUCAAGACCUCCAACUCCAAGGAACUCCCUCCCCAAUCCAUUGACUGGUACUACGUCCGUGCUGCCGCCGUUGCCCGACACAUCUACAUGCGCAAGACCGUCGGUGUCGGCAGCCUACGUAAGGUUCACGGUGGCCGCAAGAACCGUGGCUCCGCUCCAUCCCACCACGUCGAUGCCUCUGGAUCCGUUGACCGAAAAAUCAUGCAGUCCCUUGAGAAGAUCGGUGUCCUCGAGCACGAUGAGGACAAGGGCGGCCGCAGAAUCACCCAAAGCGGCCAGAGAGAUUUGGACCGCAUUGCCAGGACGACCAUAGAAGAGGACGAGGAUGACGAGUAA